UCAUAUUUGACCUUCCGUUUACAACGCAGUCCCGUCAUCUCUGUCUCUUCUACAACAUCUUUUCGCAUAUCCUCUACAUAGAGAACUCUUCGCUUCUAUUACCAGACAUAGAAAAUCAACACCCCGCCACUUAGUCCUAGCAGAGCGUCCGCCAAAACGAAUACCAGACACCAUCCGGUCCGGAGAGCUCUCAAGCUCCUCCCAAGCUCAACACGACGACAGACCUCUCGCUUUCUACACCCGAACCCCGCCCUCAACUUCAAGAUGGCCUGGCGAAGCUCCGGCGCCACAAACAAGGAUCUGGUCGAAAACAUGUGGCGGCAUGGCCUCAUCAAAGACCAACGAGUCAAGGACGCCUUUCUCAAGGUUGACCGAGCACACUACGCCCCCGUUGCGCCGUACGAAGACUCACCCCAGUCCAUAGGCCACAAGGCCACCAUCUCGGCACCUCACAUGCACGCCAGUGCGACCGAGUCUCUCCUCCCGCAUAUUUUGCCCUCCGAAAGAAGGCCCGCACCACGGGUGCUGGAUGUUGGCUCCGGAUCGGGGUACUUGACGCAUCUCCUUGCCGAGCUCGUAGGGGAUAAAGGCCUCGUUGUCGGGCUGGAGCAUAUUCAGGCACUCAAAGAUAUGGGUGAGACCAACAUGGCUGUGAGUGCCGAGGGGAGGGCACUGCUAGACAGCGGCAAGGUCAAGUUCCGGGUUGGUGACGGACGGAAAGGCUGGGUGGAGGCUCCGCGGGACGGAGAGACGGCCGAGGCUACGGGGUGGGAUGCGAUACACGUUGGUGCUGCUGCGGUGGAGCUUCACCAGGAGUUGGUGGAUCAGCUACGGACGCCUGGGAGGAUGUUUAUCCCCGUCGAGGACGAUAAUGGCUACGAUCAGUACGUUUGGGCCAUUGACAAGAAGGAAGAUGGGUCUGUUGUGAAGGAAAAGCUGUUUGGGGUUCGAUAUGUGCCACUGACCGACGCUCCCAAGGCGUGACUUGACGAUAACAGGCUAAUAUACACCGUUUAUAUGCGAUAUACAACAUGAACAAUAAUACUGGAC